CCUCUCAUGUUGUUUGUUCUACUGGUGUUUGGUUGUUAAUUUGUGAAGUUGUGGUUAUAAAUUGAAAUUUGAAAUCGUAUUAAAACGUUUCAAUUGUUUAAUUCAAACAACUAGCCUAAGGUUUUAUUUUCCAUUAUGGCGGGGCUGUUACUAAGCCCAUCAGAAAAGGUUUACAUACUUCAUGGCGUACAGGAUGACUAUCGCUCUGAUGGAAGAUCUAACAUUGACUAUAGGCCAAUGGAGCUGGAAACAGAUGUUGUCAGCCAUGCCAGUGGCUCAGCGAGGCUCAGACUAGCGAAUACAGACAUACUUGUUGGAGUCAAGACUGAAAUAGAUGUACCAAAUCCUGAUAAACCUGGUUUGGGGAAGAUAGAGUUCUUUGUAGAUUGCUCAGCCAAUGCUACCCCAGAGUUUGAGGGUCGAGGAGGGGAGCAGCUCGCUAACAGUAUAUCAAAUACAAUGCAAAAAGCAUAUCACUCAUCACAAGCCUUUAAUUUGAAACAACUUUGUAUAUUCAAAGGGAAACAGUGCUGGAAGCUCUAUGUGGAUAUUUUGAUUUUAGAAUGUGGAGGAAACCUAUGUGAUGCAGUGUCACUGGCCGUCAAGGCAGCAUUGUUCAAUACAAGGAUCCCAUUUGUCAAAGCGGCACUCAUGGAUGGUGGCAAUGUAGACCUGCAGCUAUCUGAUGAUCCUUAUGAUUGUAAACUGCUUGAUGUUGGAUCUGCACCUCUAUUGAUAACAUUAUGUAAAAUUGGUGAUAAAUGCGUCGUCGACCCGUCAGCAGAGGAAGAAAGUUGCAGCGUCAUAUCCCUAGUUGUGGGUGUAACAGGAAAUCCCAAGUUCUUCUGCAGUGGAGACGAAGCCAGUACACUCCCAAACAUAGACAGUAAAUGCAGUACAAUUGGAAUGAAUGGGUGUGGAAGUGUGGCCCCUAAGACUCUUAAAGAUGCUAUAAACCAAGGAUUAAUAGCCGCCAAAACUCUAGACGAAUCCCUCGGUCACGCUCUAUUACGGGAAAGACAAGAGCAAGUAGAAUUCAAGAAACAUUCAUAUGGUUUCUUAAAAUAAAUUACAAAUAAAAGACUAAUAUCCCAAUAAAA